AUGACAUUAUUUUACCGACACACGGGUCAGUUACGGACAUGGGCACGACGGGUACUCUGGUGUAUCAUCGUCAUCGGAUCCCUGUGUGCAAUUGUCAUCCCGAUCUUCUCGAUCUACCGAAAAGAAGGCGAUAAUGCGCGGUCCGUAGUUGAGGUCGCACCUCGAGGGGUCUCGCACACGGGGGAUUACAUCCAUGUGGUUGGGAGUGUAGCCAGUGUCGACUUUGAGGACAAGAACUUUCGAGUCCAUUUCGAAUUCACGCCCCAUGGAGCCUUGGCGGGCGAUGAUGGGGUGCUGUCGGCGGCAAUUGUGAUUUCGUUAUUUUAUACGACGCUCACGUUUCCAGAGUCGCAGAUCAUGCGCUCGGUGGAUGUGACGAUGCCAUACAUGCAGGGCGCAACGAUCGAUUACCCCUUUGAUGCCUACAAACGGUCGCCGACGACAAUCGGGUUCAGUCUGUUUAUUGUGGUGAUUAUGUGGGCGCUCAGCAUUGCGAUCGGAAUUAUUGCUAUUCAAGUGAUUAGGAAGUACAGGGUCACAGAUGAACAUGUCCUGACGCUCGGGAUCACCACGUUGUUUGCGUUGCCAGCGUUGAGAGAGACGCAGCCGGGUAUACCGGCGAUUGGAUGUGCUGCAGAUGUUCUGGGGUUUUAUUGGAACAUGGCGAUCAUCGCCAUAUCUUCGAUCAUGAUUGUUAUGGCCUCAGCUCUUCGCUGGAAAGAA